AUGAAGCUAGACGAUGAAAUUAAGAAAAUUAAACAAUCUUCUGUUAAUACCACUCCUACUGGAAUGGCAAAUUCUAAUAUUUCUGAACAGGUAGAAAAUAUCUCACAAAGUAAGAAUGCGCCGGCAUCGAAUAUAACUGAUAACGCUUCAAAUUCUGAUGUAUGUCUGGAACCUUCGUCUUGGAUAAAGCUUUGUAAUGCUAUAAUUCUUGCUGAUAAUAAAACUCAAGAAGCAAUCUUCUGUUAUUGUAAUUUUGGUAAAGCUCUUAUCCAAAGAUGUAAUGAAAUAGCAUCAGAAAAACAAGUUAACCCAGAAUCUAAUACAAGAAUUAAAAAGGCUAAAAAACUCUACAAACUUUUCAAUGCAAUAGAUAUGGAUAAAAUUUAUCGAAUACAUUCCUUUUCCGCUGAUAAUAAUGUGCCAUUUGACUAUAAUAUUGAGAUAGAAUCUACUUCAAAAUCUAAAAUCCCUGAACCGAGUUCAGGAAGUGAUCAGAAAAAUCAUGGCUCAGAAAAAAAAAAUCAAGAUGAGUCAAAGGCUCGAAACUCUGCUUUCUCAAAAUUACCAGAAGCUGAA